CCCGAGGGGGUGGUUGCGUGCGGACCGGACGCUCUGGGCCUGGUGAGCUUCCAGACGCCGGCUCUCGGGCACCCGAACCAGCCGAGCCCAGCCGGCCGCCUCUCCAGCUUGCGCUGCUGCACCCGUCGGGAGCGAGUGCGCCUGCGCGCCUGCCACCGCGCGCGCCUUGUCGCUGUCCUCUCACCCGCCGGCGGCCCGACAGUUCCUACCGCGCUCCCCUCCCGGCCUCUCUCAGCUCGGCAGCGCCCCGGCGUGCGGCAUGUCCCGGCGGCGGCACAGCGACGAGAACGACGGAGGACAGCCUCACAAAAGGAGAAAGACCUCUGAUGCCAAUGAAACUGAAGAUCAUUUGGAAUCGUUAAUAUGCAAAGUGGGAGAAAAGAGUGCCUGCUCUCUGGAGAGCAACCUAGAAGGCUUGGCAGGUGUUUUAGAAGCUGAUCUUCCUAACUACAAGAGCAAGAUCUUAAGGCUUCUUUGUACAGUUGCACGCCUGUUACCUGAGAAGUUGACAAUUUAUACAACAUUAGUUGGACUGCUGAAUGCCAGGAAUUACAACUUUGGUGGAGAGUUUGUAGAAGCUAUGAUUCGACAACUUAAGGAAUCAUUAAAAGCAAACAAUUAUAAUGAAGCUGUAUAUUUGGUCCGUUUUUUAUCUGAUCUUGUGAAUUGUCAUGUCAUUGCUGCCCCAUCCAUGGUUGCUAUGUUUGAAAAUUUUGUAAGUGUAACUCAGGAAGAAGAUGUACCUCAGGUGCGGAGAGAUUGGUAUGUUUAUGCGUUUCUGUCGUCUUUGCCCUGGGUUGGAAAGGAGUUGUACGAAAAGAAAGAUGCAGAGAUGGACCGCAUCUUCGCUAACACUGAAAGCUAUCUAAAAAGACGCCAAAAGACACAUGUCCCCAUGUUACAGGUAUGGACGGCUGAGAAACCACACCCGCAAGAAGAGUAUUUAGAUUGCCUGUGGGCCCAGAUUCAGAAAUUGAAAAAGGAUCGCUGGCAGGAGCGGCACAUCCUAAGACCUUAUCUUGCCUUUGACAGCAUCCUUUGUGAAGCACUGCAGCACAACCUGCCUCCUUUUACGCCACCUCCUCACACGGAAGACUCGGUGUACCCGAUGCCACGGGUCAUCUUCCGAAUGUUUGAUUACACGGAUGAUCCCGAGGGUCCUGUAAUGCCAGGGAGUCAUUCAGUUGAAAGAUUUGUCAUAGAAGAGAAUCUUCACUGCAUCAUUAAGUCCCACUGGAAGGAAAGGAAAACUUGCGCUGCACAGCUGGUGAGCUAUCCAGGGAAGAACAAGAUCCCCUUGAACUACCAUAUAGUUGAGGUGAUCUUUGCAGAGCUGUUCCAGCUGCCAGCUCCCCCACACAUUGAUGUGAUGUACACUACGCUGCUCAUCGAGCUGUGCAAACUGCAGCCCGGCUCUCUUCCCCAAGUUCUUGCACAGGCAACUGAAAUGUUAUACAUGCGUUUGGACACGAUGAACACUACAUGUGUGGACAGGUUUAUUAAUUGGUUUUCCCAUCAUCUAAGUAACUUCCAGUUCCGUUGGAGCUGGGAAGAUUGGUCAGAUUGUCUUACUCAAGAUCCUGAAAGUCCCAAACCAAAGUUUGUAAGAGAAGUUCUAGAAAAAUGUAUGAGGUUGUCUUAUCAUCAGCGUAUAUUAGAUAUUGUUCCUCCUACCUUCUCAGCUCUAUGUCCUGCAAACCCAACCUGCAUUUACAAGUACGGAGAUGAAAGUAGCAAUUCUCUUCCUGGACACUCAGUUGCCCUCUGUUUAGCUGUUGCCUUUAAAAGUAAAGCAACCAAUGAUGAAAUCUUCAGCAUUCUGAAAGAUGUGCCAAAUCCUAACCAGGAGGAUGAUGAUGAUGAAGGAUUCAGCUUUAACCCUUUGAAAAUCGAGGUCUUUGUACAGACUCUGCUACACUUGGCAGCCAAAUCAUUCAGCCACUCGUUUAGUGCUCUUGCAAAGUUUCAUGAAGUCUUCAAAACCCUAGCUGAGAGUGAUGAAGGAAAGUUACAUGUUCUGAGAGUUAUGUUUGAGGUCUGGAGGAACCAUCCACAGAUGAUUGCUGUACUAGUAGAUAAGAUGAUCCGUACACAGAUUGUUGACUGUGCUGCAGUGGCAAAUUGGAUCUUCUCUUCAGAACUAUCUCGAGACUUUACUAGAUUAUUUGUUUGGGAAAUCUUGCACUCCACGAUUCGUAAGAUGAACAAACACGUUCUCAAAAUCCAGAAAGAGCUGGAAGAGGCGAAAGAGAAACUCGCAAGGCAACACAAACGGCGAAGUGACGAUGACGACAGAAGCAGUGAUAGGAAAGAUGGGGCUCUGGAGGAGCAAAUAGAAAGAUUGCAGGAAAAAGUGGAAUCUGCUCAGAGUGAACAGAAGAACCUCUUCCUCGUCAUAUUCCAGCGUUUUAUCAUGAUCUUGACCGAGCACUUAGUACGAUGCGAGACUGAUGGAACCAGCGUAUUAACCCCGUGGUACAAGAACUGUAUAGAGAGGCUCCAGCAGAUCUUCUUACAGCAUCACCAAAUAAUUCAGCAAUACAUGGUGACCCUGGAGAACCUGCUCUUCACUGCCGAGUUAGACCCGCAUAUCCUGGCUGUGUUCCAGCAGUUCUGUGCCCUACAGGCCUAAGGAUCCUUUUAUUCCCUUGUCAAGAUUUUUAAAAAAUAUCUCAAAAUAAUUUGUCUUAUUUUUUGAUGGUUUGAAUGCUUGCUUUCUUGUAGCAUCCUUUCACUUAUUAAAGGGGGGGGAGGGAGGAGGACGGUGAAGAAUAGAGCAUUGGUUACCUUCAAUGGCUCCUACAAAGCGAAAAUUCCCGACUAUGUGACAAUGACCAUAGGAUGUAUUAUAUAUGUGACAGAUACAACUUUUCUGGUAUUUUUUUUUCCUUAAGGCACAAAAGAUAAGUGAUUUAAGGUAUGUGAACACUAGAGGUCCAGCUUACAAAGUAGUAUAUAGAACUGGUGGGUUUACUAUCAAGUAGCAUAGCUUUUCACAGCUCAUGGAUAACCUGGUACGGCUGAAAUAAAACUAAAUGUUUUUUAAACUUCGGUAUUUCAUGAUUUAUCUCAGUCUACUUAAAAAUCGCUUUCUUAUUGAAGGUGUACUUCCCUCACUUCGAAUUCCUUCUCUAAAGUAUUUUAAGUAAUAUUAAUAAAUGUUAUUCAGAGUAGCACCACCCAAAUUCUUGUUAUUUUCUAAAUUAAACCACAAUCUCUGGGGAGUGAAGUGGAGCCAGCCAUCAUUCUAAAGCCUCCCUUGGUGCUGUCCAGUGUGCAGGCAGCUGUGGGAACCAUGACCUUGGAGCCAUCUGGUCAUCUCCUCUAGUCUCAGAUUUGUCCAAGGUCCACUAGGGAAGUACAUGUUGAACUGGCAACAGAAGUAGCUAGACUAGCUAAAACUGUACUUGGAAUUCUAUGUAGGUUUGAACUUUGUUUCUAAAGAACUUGGUCCAAGUAAUUACUAAUUCUUGAGCCUGUUUCCUAUAGGGUAUUAAAGCUUAGCUCAGAUAAGACCGCACAUGAAAUAAUCACGUCUAAGGGAUUCCCUGACAUUGCAAAUCGCUAGCAUUUUAAGACUUCACUAAAAAAUUUAUCAACAACCCCACAACUGGUAAGUAGUGUUCCCGGUCAUCUGUGCAACACGGUAUUAACUUACUGUCUCAUAAACUGCAGAGGCAGGCAUUAGCAUUUUUCAUAUUAUCCAGUUUCUUUGGUUUACCCCACAUUUAGUAGCUACAGAAUAUAGUCUACUCAAGAGAGAAGAAUUCCUAGGAUUUUUAAAUACCAUUUAAACAAAUAAUGCAAGUUACCAGCAGGAAAGGGACCAAUACCCAGGUUCUUGUCUAAAUAUUCUUUUGGUUAUGCUGUUCCUCCUUCCCACAAGUCAGACAUGGCUCUUGUCCUCAAGAGGCCAAAACAAUAACCAUUUAUGGCUCUGGUAACUUUGACCCUACACUGUCCUGUAGCCUUCCCUAGCCCAGUGUACCUGCAGUUCGGCUGGUAUACCUGCUGGAUCCCAAGUCUAGAGGAAUUUUUCUCUUGGAUCCUCUUUUCACGUGUAAUAUUGCUUCUCACAAGAAUUCACUGACGGGACCCUGCUCUUGUACAGUUUGGUAGCUAAGUUUAUGGAAAAAACUGGAAGUUGAAUUUCCAAAAAAAGGCAUAAGAGCAAAAACAUUCAGCAGCUGCUUUCCCCACUCAAGCAGCUCAUACAGACAAAAGAAUGGCAGCUCACUACCAUACCUCGCAAAGAAAUCAAUAUUCUGUUAAAUACUCUGUCAAUGCCAUUUAACGUUUCCUUUGUCAAAGUGAACAUAUGCUUUGUUUUCCUUGAUUCUCAAUCUCCCUUCCAGGAAUAAUUCAGGCAGUGGUUCAUAUGAAAAUAAGUUUGCUUGGUCUUCCUGGAAAGUAUUUAAUAGUUUGUUACAUAAUUUACUAAUCUGUAAUUAUACCUAAAAUGAGAAAUGAGGAAAAAACUUGCCAACCUGGGUAGAAUACAUUGUGCUGUCAGUAUUCUCUGGAUACUGGGAUCCUCUUCAAGUGAUGAAAGCGUGCAUAGAAGCAUACGGGAAACCAGACAAAUCUAGAACUGUGCUGUCCUGAUGAGAUUACAUGCUCAAGUGCCACAUGCCACAGAUUGGCCAUCUUUAAUCCUCACAACCGUUCUCUGCGAGAUGAUUGUGCCCAUCCAGCAGAUCAAAAUACUCCCAUGAAGUAACAUACCCAAGGCCCACAGCUAAAAAAGAGGAAUUUGAACCUAAGUUCCUGGGAUUCAACGGCUUUUUAUUGCCCAUGCAGUUAAUACAGCUGCCUAGACCCCCUCAUUACUCUGUUAACAUCAAGCUGGAAGCUUUUUUGUGAUACCAGGAACAUCUUGCUGCCCAUUCUGAACCAGUCAGUAAUUGGCAUGGCACACUUAAAUAUAU